AUGACAACGGACGGUGGAGGUUGGACCGUUUUUCAGAGACGUUUGGACGGCUCUGUUGACUUCUAUCUUGGAUGGGAAUCCUACAAAAAUGGCUUUGGAAAUCUGAGCGGCGAGUUCUGGCUUGGAAACGACAAUCUUCACCGUUUGACAGACUCUGAUGACGUCAUGCUGAGAAUUGACCUGCAAGACUUUGAAGGCAACAUUGCCUACGCUGAGUACAUGAGUUUUAAGGUGGCAGAUGAGGCUGCUAAGUACCAGCUUUCGAUUGGAGGAUACAAUGGCACGGCUGGUGACUCUAUGACUGCAAUGAGACAUAUAUUACAGUAAGAAACUCUCAAUUACCAGUUCCCCUUGACGAAGGGCUAAGUCUUGAAACGUCAGCUUUGUAAAUACUUACGGUGGCCAAUUUACUUUAUCGAAUCCGUUAAUAAAACCAAAAUUACCAGAAUUACAAGGUUUACUAUGAAUUCAUUACUGAAAUUUUAAGUAUGAUCCUCAAAGAGUGGAUGUCACAUGAAUGGCUGGUGACUCAAUGGCAUACCAUGGAUCAAAAAGUGUUUUCAAAGAACGGAGAUGAUCCAUUAUAAUUACCAGCUGAGGGGAGGCACUUUGUGAUUAGCGGGUAUAUCAUUAGUAUACUGACACCGAACGAAAGUGAAAAGCUUAUCAGGCUUUUAUUGGAUUUUAAACCUGAAGCCAGAUUUUACAUUCCCACGAAAACGUUAAGUGGUGUUGAAAUUUGUUUUCUUAACUACUGAGAAAGAAAGAAAAAAAAAACUGCGCAGCUCUCUGCUUAUUUCUCUCUCUCUUCUGGUCUAUUUUGUUGUCUGGUUGCUACUCCUUUAAUCAUUAGGGAUUAUAGGAGUACAAAUUUCAAUGCGUCAACAGAAAAAAAAAAUACGGCUGUUAGAACUUUUGACAGUUGAAAUAACGAGUUUUAGAAAGCCGGUUAAGAGCUGAAAUACAGAAAGAACAAAAUAAAGAAUCUAUUACAAUCAGUGUAAGCUGAUGCAAAAGGUGCAAUCAACUGCCAAACCAAAGAGACUGCCAUGAGCCUCAAAAAAAUUGGGUGUAGGAUCUUAGAUUGUCUAUCUGUUUGUCUACUUGGGUGUUUGUCUCUCCUGUCUUUAUGGAAAUUUAUCCACAUAACUUCAUACGACUAAGUAGCAUAGUUUUUUAAAGAAAAAAAUUCUCUACAUAUUCAACUAUGUUAGAAAUAAGUUUACACGAACUUUUUUUUCUUUUGAGCAAUAUGCAGUUUUCUACCAAAGAUCAAGACAACGAUCAUCAUGAUUUAGAGCCCAGCUGCGCCCAGAAGUUCAAGGGAUCUUGGUGGUACAACGACUGUCAUGCGUCCAAUCUGAACGGAAUGUACCUCAGUGGUCCCCAUGCCACUUUUGCUAUUGGAGUCAACUGGUACACUUUCCGGGGCUAUCACUACUCACUCAAACGCACUGAGAUGAAAGUAAAACAAAGGCAUAAGACGAUGUUUACUCAAGAGUGA